AUGGCGUUCUUCCGCGAGGCCGCCCUCGGCCCCGCUGCGGUGGCCGCGGACGUGAGCUGCGGCACGGGGUGGAUGGCGAGGCGGCUGGCGGCGAGCGGGGCGUUCGCCCGCGUUUUCGCCUCGGACUACUCGGGCGCCAUGCUCGAGGAGGCCGUGCGCACCGCCCGCCGAGAGGGGGCCCUGGACGGGCUGCGCUUCCUGCGGGCGGACACGCAGGCGCUACCCUUCCGCGCGGGAUCCCUGGACUGCGUCCACUUCGGCGCCGCGCUGCACUGCGUGCCCGACGCGGGCGCGGCCCUGCGGAGCGUCUGGCGGUGCCUCAGGCCCGGCGGCCGCCUCUACGCGACGACCUUCCUGAGGCCCCUGCCGGACGUCGUGUUCCGCUUCUUCGAGCCCAGGGAGCUCGAGUCGCUGGUGGCCGCCGCUGGAUUCGUGGACGUGGAGGUGGAGGCGAGCGGGGUGUACGGCGUGGCCCGCGCGGCGAAGCCCCUCGACCCCGCGGGGGGCGCCGCGAGCGGAGUGCGCCGCGCGUUGCUCCAGCUGCUGGUGCAGGAGCUCCCGUCCGAGGAGACAAGAGAUCUCCGGGCGGAUUUCCUCGCUCUCGACCGCAGCAACACUGGAACCAUCGCCUUGUGUGACUUGCAGGACUUUCUGAGCACGAAAGACCUCGCUUCUGGCGAGAUGUCGGUGCAGAGCCCGCGAUCUGGUGAUCUGUCCGAUAUCAUGGCGGCGCUGGACAUGAACGGGGACGGCCAGGUGUAUUUCUCCGAGUUCCUGGCGGCCACGGUCAGGCCUGAGCAGCACGCCCACGAGGACGCGAUGCAGGCGGCGUUCGUCCGCCUCGACGCGGAUGGGUCGGGCACAAUAGAUGCCUACGACCUCGCGUGCGUGUUCGGCGAGUCGUUCGAGGGCGCCGACGUGGAGGAACUCCUGGCGCAGGCGGACGCCACAGGCGUGGGCGAGAUCGACUACGACGCGUUCGUGGCGGUGCUCCUCCGCGGCGGCGGCGCCGAAGAGGACGCCCUGGCCGCGCCGCCCGCGGCCUCCACAUCCAGCCCGCGGUCGCCGCCCGCGACGCCGAGCUCCGCCUCCUCGGGCGAGGUGUCCCCGAGAUCCCCGGGACGGUCUUCAAUGCCAAGCUCGUCGCUGGGAGAGCUUGCUUCACCCGCGAAGCCAGAGGACGUGUUUCUAGAAGAGGUGCUCUCGCCGGGCCCCAAGCUGCUCGGCGGCAUGCAGGUGGGCGUCAAGUCGCCCCUUCCGGCCGUGUGCCUCGUGGACAAGGGCUUCCCAGAGAAGGUGCUCUGGCGCAUGCCCCAGUCGCCCCUUGGAGGGAGCUGA